AUGCCUAAGAACAUUGCAUCAUUCCCCCACGGUGCACAUUGCCGUACAAUCAAAAGAUGGAGAUUCUCGACUAAAACUCCCAAUCACUAUAGUCAGAACUCAGAAAUGCACCAGCAGCACACUGUGCAAUGUUGUCCAAGCGACGCAUCCGCGAUAGGGCCUCGCAUGAACUCGACUUCAAGGCUUUCCGUUGAUAUACAAGAUUUAUCCAUCUGUACCAUAACGGAACGAGAAGGUUCCUUUUUUCUUUUGCUCUCACAAAUUGGAAUUUUGUCUGGAUGGCCCACAAGCUUAUUAGGUGCCAAGUUUUAUCUGCGAAAAUCAUUUGAGAGUUUUCUACAGAUGAUCUUCGCCGCAGAUCUCAAAGUCUACCGGUACCCACCACGAGGAAUGGAGGUGAUCUCUCGAAAAGGGGUCUGA